CACUGUGCGGGUUAGCGCGGCUCACCCAGGAUUCAAAUAGGUGGGCACCUAUGGGUCACUAAUAACAGAGCUGAAACUAUGGUCUCCCUUGGUGAUUCUCUACCCAUCUUCCUUCCCCAUAGAAAGCUGCUUCAUGCAGCAGAAGAUAGAGGGUCCCAUCACCCUGAACAGACGAAUGGAGGAAGCCUGCAAACCUGGAGUGGAUUAUGUGUAUAAAACCAGGCUUGUUAGAAUUCAACAAGUGGAUAGUUCUGACUACUACAUCAUGGAAAUUGUGGAACUCAUUAAGGCAGGGACUGAUGAAGAUCCGCAAGGAAAAACCCACCCAUUCAUCAGCCACAUAAAAUGCAGGGAGUCUCUGAGGCUGGAGCUAGAAUUGAAUCCAGAUUCGCCUCGUAGUCUAACCCUGGACCACCAUUCCUCACAGAGGCUACCCAACUAUUUCACCAGCACAAAUCACUUUGUCAGUGCAAUUUCAUGGCUAUCCUACAUCAUUGGCAAGGACACCUGGAUCGAGAAGUGGCCCAACGAGGACGAAUGCCGGAAGCCGGAUUUCCAGAACCUCUGCCAGGAAUUCCUUGAGUUCUCUCAAACCAUGACCAUGUUUGGCUGCCCAAUCUAAACUUGGACCCAGCUUUCCCAGCAGCCCCAAGGGGACAGUUUGAGCUGAGAUGGAGCAUAACCCUCAGGGUGGAGACAUCUCCAGUCAGAGUCCCAGUGCUGCUGACACUCGCCACUAGCCCUGUCCUCUUCGGGGGUUUCACUCUCUUUUCUUCUUAUUUUUUUUUCAUAUAUAUAUAAAUAAAUAAAAGGCUGAUUUCUUACCCUGGCCUGCUGUGUGACUUUUUACCAAUCUUUACAUAGUCUGCAAUAGAGCUGUAUAAGUAACCAGCUACUAGGAUCAUGGGUGCAUGAGAAACACCUUAAAUUAGAUUAGGAUGGACAAGCAUGAAUGGGUGGCUAGAUACGCAUGGAUGUAUAUUUGGGAGAGAGUCUUCUGUACCACUGUGUGCC